AUGGCAGAUAUACUACAAAUUCAUGAUGACAUCAAAUUAUAUACAACUUCCGAUAAAUUCUUUCUGGAGCCAAACAUCAAUCCAACAGAGAUAAUGGUAAUUGACAGAAUUACAGGAGAGGCUUCUGUAAAAGAUAUUAAGUCUGUGAAAAUUCCAAUCCCAGCAAGUGCAUAUAAACCUGUGUGUGGCUUCUUAGGCACCAUUAGACUGAUAUCUGGACUGUAUCUAGUCGUGGCUAAAUAUAGAAUUUUGAUUGGGAAAUUGAAUGGUCAUGAUAUUUACCAACUAGCAGGCACUGAUAUCAUACCAUAUGCACGUUCAACAACCCAUCUUACAAAUAAACAGAUUGAAGAUAACAACACAUACGAGAGGUUACUUCGCGCGGCUCUAGAAACGCCCGGCAUCUAUUUCUCGUAUGGAUAUGAUCUUACUCAUACUAUGCAACGGCUGCACUCCGUUGCGCCUGAUUUUCACAAGAUGUCGUUAGCAAGUCGCGCAGAUUCCCGUUUCCUGUGGAAUGGCCACUUGCUAAAGGAUUUCUCACAUCAGCAGUUCGAGAGAUUUGCACUUCCCCUCAUACAGGGAUUUGUCGCUAUUAACCGAGUAACGGUGAACGGUCAUCAACUGACAUGGUCGCUGGUGUCGCGCCGCUCUGUUGAAAGAGCUGGCACGAGGUUUUUCAUGCGUGGCGUUGAUGCACAGGGCAACGUCGCAAACUUCGUUGAAACGGAACAGAUCAUUGAACGAGGCGGUGAAAAGUCCUCAUUUGUCCAAACACGCGGGUCCAUACCGCUGUUUUGGAACCAGUACCCCGAUCUUAAGUACAAACCAGCUAUGACUCUGUUGCCCGAAGACCACGUCGCGGCUUACACCAGGCACAUGCGUGAUCAGAUGCAGCGAUAUGGAGACCAAGUGUUGGUGAAUUUGAUUGACAUGCACGGCAAAGAGGAAGCGCUGGAGCGCGGCUACCGCGCCGCCGUAGCCGCGGCCGCGCUGCCCGGCGUGCGCUACGAGCCCUUCGACUUCCACGCAGAGUGCCGCGGCAUGCGCUACGACCGCCUCACCGUACUCAUGGACAGGAUCGCGCACGAGCAGACGGAAUUCGGCUACUUCCUAUCACGAGGAGGCACUGUACUCCUGCGACAGAGCGGCGUAUUCCGCACCAACUGUGUGGACUGCCUGGAUCGCACCAACGUGGUGCAGUCGUUGUUGGCGCGGCGUCAGCUCGCUGCAGCCCUGCGACUGCUGGCCGUCACGACGGUUGACAAUCAGCACCCGCAUCUCGACGCACUCUUCAACACGGUGUGGGCGGACCACGCGGACAUGAUCUCGGUGCAGUACUCGGGCACGGGCGCGCUGAAGACCGACUUCACGCGCACCGGGAAGCGAACCCGCCUCGGCGCGAUACGCGACGGUAUCAACUCCCUCACCAGGUACUACAAGAACAACUUCAGCGAUGGCUUCCGGCAGGACUCAAUAGACCUGUUACUCGGCAAGUACAUAGUAACAGAUGGCGAGGGAAACACAGUGCCUUGUCCCUUGCGACGAGACAGAGACUGGAAGUAUCUAACUUUCCCGUCAGUGCUGCUGGUGGCAGUGUCGAUGUUCUGCGCGAGCGCGGUGCUCCCGUCUCGCUACAGCAACGAAGUGCUGCUCUACCUCAUGUUCUGGGGCGCUGCGGUUGGCGCCACUCUCUCCUUCAUAUUCAAGCACGGCAAGGAGUUCGUGGAGUGGCCGCGCCUGGACGGCGGCGGGCUGGCGCUGGCGGGCCCGCGCGGGCCGCCGCAGCAUUUAUGA